UUUUUUAUCAUCUCUCUCUAUUGAAUCAUUUGCAUGAGCAAUUUCACCUCCCUUUAUUCACGCCGCAUUCUCCCAAUCAACAAGAUUCCAUAUUCUUCAUCUUCAUCCCCAUUUCUUCACCAUCUCCCAUUUUUCUAUUCCCUUCUCUCUCUAGAUUUCCAGAAAUGUCUGAUCUGUGCAGCUCCAAGUGUAAAUUUUCUAGUCUUAUUAUCCUCUGCUCCUUCAUUAUCUCUCAUCCUCUCUACUUCUCCUACUUAAUCUUCUUCUCCCCCUACCUCCUCAAGCUCCUCUCCUUUCUCUCCCCACUCUUCAUCACCACUUCCCUCCUCUCCCUCGCCUUCCUCUUCCACACCCAAUCCCACUUCACUUCCAUCCUACAGAGCUUACAAUUCAGCAAAGAUCACCACCCCAAUGAUCAAGAGCCCCAAAAUUCAGACGAACUUGGCAUCUACGAAAUCGUCUUCGGUCCUCCACCAAUGAGAGAAGAAGCCCCACCCCAAAUCUUGGACCAGGCCCCUCAAAAAGAUCCAAUUUUGGAGCCGAAUCCGUUGCCGGGCCCCGCCGAGGAAGCUCCGAUCACCGUGGCCGGAAAAAUCGAAAACUCCGGCGAAUUCUUGAAGGUCUCCAAAACUCCCGUGAUGGAUCAGGAGAAGAGGCUGGAGAAUUUCUUGAAAAUUCUAGAUAAUUUCGAGCGGCUGGCCUCCAAUGUCGAAGAGAAGAAGAUCAAACCAAAACAGAAUUCAUCACUCAACAAUGGAUCAGAGACAGCAGCAGCAGCGGCCAUAUGUAAUAAAAAUACUAAUCAAUCAAACUCUCAGCGCAUAAUCAGCAGCGGCGGCGGAGGAGGAGGAGACUCAUUCUCUAGUUAUGGGUCGAUGAGGAGGGAGAGGGAGUGGAAGAGGACGCUGGCGGGAAAGCUGUUUGAGGAGAGGCACAGCAGCAAUGGCGGCGGAGGAGGAGGGGAAGGGAUGGACUCGCUGUGGGAAGCGUACGAGAUGGAGGCCGACAAGGCUAGUACGAGGAGGGGGAGGAGAGAGAAGGAGGAGGAGGAAGAUGAUGAGAUAGGAGGAGGGGAGGUGUGCUGCUUGCAGGCGCUGAAGAUGUCGGCGGGGAAGAUGAGUUUGGGAGUGGGGAGGCCGAAGCUUGUCAAGAUUUCUAAGGCGAUCAAGGGGAUUGGAUGGUUGCAUAGUUUAACCAAAAACAGCAAGAAGGUUCAUAACAAUGGUGAUCAUAGAUAUUAGCUAGCUACUUCUUGCAUGAUCAACGUUUUAAUUUUGUUUUCCAUAAGUUUUUAAGUGGUAAAUAUAUUUUGGCUUGUGGGGCUUAUGUUCUUCUAUUUAUGGUUUUUUUUCGUUACAUGUAUACUUGUAUUUAUUUACGAACCAAUGCGUUUAUCAUAAUUGAGACUGAAUAUCAUGGAUUAUGUUAAGAUGA